AUGUGUGGGCGGGCGCGGUGCACGCUCGCGCCAGCGCAGGUCGCCGCCGCGUCGGGCACGACCGUCGAUGCGUGCGUGGGCAUGGACAAGUACGUUCCACGCAACAACGUGUCGCCGGGCAUGUACACGCCGAUCCAGUACGUGGACCAACGCACGAAGCAAGUGACGGUCCGCGCCAUGAAGUGGGGUCUUAUUCCGUCGUACACGGGCAGCCACGAGAAGCCCAACCACUUUAUGCGCUUCAACGCCCGCUCGGAGGGCAUUACCGAGACGCCCGCGUAUCGCCGCCUUGUCGACACGCGCCGCUGCGUCGUGCAUCUUGACGGGUUUUAUGAGUGGAAGAAGCCCGAGAAGCAGCCGUACUACGUCUACCAUGAUGGCGCAUCGUCCUCGUCCAGUAUGCGGAUGGCCGGCGUCUACGACACGUGGGUCGACGGUGCGAGUGGCGACGUCCUCUACACGUACUCGAUCGUCACGGCCGAAGCCGUCGGGGCCUUUGCGGCCAUUCACACGCGGUUCCCAGUGCUGUUGGCCACACCGGAUGAGGCGAACGCGUGGCUGUCGAGCGACCCGUUCCCCGUCGUGCAGCCAUUGCUGGCCGCUCGACCGCCGACGAGCCUCCUCUGGCACGCGGUGACCAAGCAGAUGGGUGUGCCGACGUUCGACAGCGACGAGUGCAUCCAGAAGCUCCCGACGCCGCCGUCGAUCACAAGCUACUUCAGUAAGAGCCCUGCCAAGUCGCCGAUGCCGCCGCCAACGGUGGCAGCACCCGCCAUCGCCACGCAGAGCACAACCACAGUGACCACCGACAAGAUCACGCAGAUCAGCGCCGAGACUACAACGUUGACGGACGAUGACCAACCGUUCAAGACAUUUACAUCGGCGAGAGAAGCCUUGGCCGUGAUCCCAGACAACCCACCGAGUCCGGUGCCGGCCCCACUCGCCUCGCCAACACCCGCCCCAAGUCUCGUCGGCUACGUCGAGCGGCAAGCCACGCCACCGCCGGCCAAGAAGCUCAAGACGACGACGCCGGCAUCGGGUGGGAUCUUGGCUUUUGUCCGGAAGGACGUCGAGACCAACUGGUACGACGUACCGGCGUUCAAGCAGACGACGUCGCCUUCGCCUCGUCGUAGCAACCCAGCCGCCAAGCCACAUUCAAAGAAGUGGUCAAACCAAGACCGCAUCACGUCUUUCUUUUCGCAGUAA